CACUCCCAAAAAAAAAAAACGACACUUGCCUUUGUGCCGUGUGCGAGUGACCCUCUUCACUCAGAGCGGCCUCCUCAGAAAGAAAAAGAAAAAGAAAAGAAAAGGCCGUGCCUGUGCAUUUGGCUGCCGCCACCGCUACGACAACGGUUAGCUGGAAGGAAGAGUUUUAGAGAGAGAGAGAGAGAGAGAAGCUUAGAAUGGAAGAAGAAAGAGAGGUGGUUGUGACUCCUGGAGAAGUGCUUGGAAAAGCUUCUGAUUUGAAAGCUGGGAGAGGUGCCUACGUGUCCCCUCACAACCGCACUCUCUACGCCUCUCUCACUGGUUUCCGCCGCAUUCUGUCUCCUCCUCCCAACUCCCCCGACCAGAGACGUAUUGUGGAAGUGACCGGUCACAAGGCCCAUGGAGCCGUUCCAGAGCCUGGUUCAAUUGUCAUUGCCAGAGUUACCAAGGUGAUGGCUAGAAUGGCAUCUACUGAUAUCAUGUGUGUUGGCCCCAAGUCUGUGCGAGAAAAGUUUUCAGGCAUAAUUAGGCAACAAGAUGUCAGAGCAAUGGAGAUUGAUAAAGUGGAAAUGCACUUGUCUUUUAGACCCGGUGACAUUGUCAGAGCUCUUGUUCUGUCCCUCGGAGAUGCAAGGGCUUACUAUUUAUCAACUGCAAAGAAUGAACUAGGUGUUAUAUCUGCAGAGAGUGCAGCAGGUGCAACAAUGGUUCCAAUAAGCUGGACAGAGAUGCAAUGCCCAUUAACAGAGCAAAUUGAGCAAAGAAAGGUUGCUAAGGUUGGACGAAUGCAUAUCUUUGGCAAUCUAAUGUUAGAUUUAAGUGGGGCAAAAAAGACAAAAAUGGAACAAGCAAUUGAGAUCUUAAUUUUAUUCGUGGAUAAGAUUUUUUAUUGUUUAGAAGAAAUAGAAGGGAAAAAAAGAAAAAAAGAAAAAAAAAAUCUAACUUCCAAAACUGCCAAAAUUCCCAGCGGUGGCAACCUGGAAGUCGCACCGACCCGGCUCAGCGUUAUGGCUUCUAUUCCGCUCCUUCAAUCUACUUCCAAUCUCUCUUCCUCUUCUAACCUUCUCUUCCUCCGAAAUACCCAUCCUCUCCCUUCUUCGACCUCUCUCAAAACUUCCACCAUCAUCCACAAGCCUCUGCUCUACAAAUCUCUCACUGUCGCCUUCGCUCUCACCGAAUCGGAUUCUCCCAAGUCUUUAGAACCCGACCCUCAAUCUCUCCUCCGAGAACUCGCUGAGAGUUUUGAUCUUCCACAAGAUUAUUUUGCUCAGCUUCCUCGCGAUCUUCGACUCGAUCUCAAUGACGCGGCUUUUGAUCUUUCAAAUGGACCUGUUCUCGAUGAGUGUGGUCAAGAGCUAGGAGAGACAUUGUUAAAUCUAUCUCGAGCUUGGGAAGUAGCUGAUACAUCAACUUCCUAUAAUUUGAUUAGCAAGCUCCCUAGAUUGGAAGAGUCUUUGACAGACAAUGCCAAAUCAGCACUUGGCAGGCGUUUGGUUUCUGCUGGAAGAAGGUUUCAGUCAAUGGGGCAGUAUGGCAAAGGUGAAUUACAAAAGAUAGCGAAAGCAAUGAUUUCAACUGGAAGGCUUCUAUCUGCAAGUUCCAACUCCAAGGAAACUGAUGAACAACCAAAGACGGAAGGCAGGAUGUUGAAGUUUGGAGAUCUUCAACUUGAACUAACAGCAGAUAAAGCCAACAUCGGUGCUGUCAUUGGUCUUGUCUUUGGGAUUCUUUCAUGGCAAGUAGCUCAGGGCAUCCAAGGCAUUCCAGAAAGUUCGUUGGAAUAUGCAAAUGACAAUGCUUUGCUGCUAGCUAAGUCUUUGAGGGGAGCUCUACUUGCACUCUUUUAUUCAUCAACAAUUUUGUCUGCUUUUACUAGUGUUGGACUUGUAUUAUUAGGAAGGCAGCUUAACAUUCCAGUUUCCACCACCAUGGCCUCUCUUACUUGCUCAGCCUCCGACCUUGUCCCUCUCUUCGGCACAACCACAGCCACCGCCAACUCAACCGCCAUAGCAGACUUCCUCUGCACACGCUUCAAUGCAAUCGCCAACAAAUUCGCCGACACUUCCUACGCCGUCGACAACACCUAUCUUCUCUUCUCCGCUUACCUCGUCUUCGCCAUGCAGCUCGGAUUUGCUAUGCUUUGCGCCGGCUCUGUCCGAGCCAAAAACACCAUGAACAUCAUGCUCACCAACGUCCUCGACGCCGCCGCUGGUGGCCUUUCUUACUACCUCUUCGGCUUCGCCUUCGCUUUCGGCUCGCCUUCCAACGGCUUCAUUGGCCGCCAUUUCUUCGGCCUCAAAACCUAUCCCUCUCCCUCUGGAGACUACAGCUUCUUUCUCUACCAAUGGGCUUUCGCCAUAGCAGCAGCCGGUAUUACCAGCGGCUCCAUAGCCGAGCGAACUCAAUUCGUGGCUUACCUUGUAUACUCUUCCUUCUUAACCGGCUUCGUCUACCCGAUUGUUUCCCACUGGUUUUGGUCUCCUGACGGGUGGGCCAGUCCGACCCGAUCAGACAACCUAUUAUUCGGGUCGGGUGUGAUAGACUUUGCCGGGUCGGGUGUCGUUCACAUGGUCGGUGGGAUAGCCGGUUUAUGGGGUGCCUUAGUCGAAGGACCACGUAUCGGCCGGUUCGACCGGAGCGGUCGAUCAGUAGCUUUACGUGGUCAUAGCGCAUCAUUAGUCGUUCUCGGCUCAUUCUUGCUCUGGUUCGGGUGGUACGGGUUCAACCCGGGUUCGUUUCUCACAAUCUUGAAGACGUACGAUGACGGUCGAAGCUACUACGGUCAAUGGAGUGCAAUCGGAAGGACAGCUGUCACAACAACAUUGGCCGGGUGCACGGCGGCUCUUACUACCUUAUUCAGCAAGAGAUUAUUGGCCGGUCACUGGAACGUCAUCGAUGUUUGCAACGGUUUGUUAGGGGGUUUUGCUGCAAUCACCUCCGGUUGCUCAGUGGUGGAACCGUGGGCUGCAAUCAUCUGCGGUUUCGUGGCGGCAUGGGUUCUGAUCGGGUGCAACAAGGCCGCAGAGAAGCUAAAAUACGACGACCCUCUAGAGGCAGCGCAGCUUCACGGAGGGUGCGGCGCGUGGGGGCUACUCUUCACGGGGUUGUUCGCGAAGGAAGAGUACGUCAGAGAGGUUUACUCGGUGACAGGGAGGAGGCCGUACGGAUUGUUGAUGGGAGGUGGCGGAAGAUUGUUGGCUGCGCAAGUGAUUCAGGUGUUGGUGAUUUCCGGGUGGGUCACGGCCACCAUGGGACCUCUUUUCUAUGUUAUGCAUAAACUGAAGCUGUUGAGAAUCUCGAGAGAUGAUGAGAUGGCGGGAAUGGAUAUGACGAGGCAUGGCGGAUUUGCUUACGCAUACCAUGAUGAAGAUCCGUCUGUUAGACCUGAGUUUAUGAUGAGGAAGAUUGAGCCUGAUACUGAAUCUGAAUCUUUGGGUGCCACACCUGAUUGUAACCCAAAUUUACCGGUCGUAUGAUUUUCAUUUUCUAUUUCUAUUUAUAGCUAUUGUGCGAUCUUUGAACACUGUGUAUAAUUUAAGUAACAUAUACUAUUUUUAGAUCUGAAUGUUGGGUGUUAUCUCUUUCAAAAUAGAAAGAUAAAAAAAUUGCAUGUUAGUGCGAUAAUAUAUAAUCUAAUGCUUAUAUGUAAAUCCCUAA